AUGAUUGCCCAGCGCCAGGUUAUGCGGUUCGCCGCCCAGCUGCGCAACCAGACCCAGCGCCGCCUUGCCAGCACCGAGCACGCCGGCGAGAACGCCUUCGUCCGUGAGCGCCGUCACGUCAAGGAGCACGCCAAGGGCACCACCGAGCUCUGGCGCAAGAUCUCCCUCUACACCGUCCCUCCCGCCCUCAUCCUCGCUUCCCUCAACGCUUACAACCUCUGGAACGAGCAUUGGGAGCACUGGUCUCACAUGCCCCCUCUUGAGGAGCGUGUCGAGUACCCCUACCAGAACAUCCGCACCCGCAACUACCAGUGGGGCGAUGGUGACAAGCUGGAAUGA